UUUUUUUACUAACGUGAAUGACAUUUUUUUAUUUACUAGUUUAAUAAAAACUGGCCGAGUUACAUCAAUAUCGCAGGUAAGCGAGCAACAAGCUGCGCCGCUACCCCUUUCUGAAUAGCAAACCCUAGCCUAUUAAAGAUAAACCCCUGCCCCCCUGUUGAUGAGCAACUGCUGUGGACAACCUUUUGGACCCUAGUCAACAAACGGAUGGCUUCUGGAGCUAGGGAGCCAAAUGUGUCGAAGGCGAAGGGGACAAAAGCAUGUUGAUUAUCAGCACAUGCUUUAGCAUGUUUAUCCACCUUUUUAGAUUCCGCUUUCCUUAUAGCUUGUCCUGCUACAAACCCGCUUUCCCUUAAACCAGCUAAGGGGGAGACUCCUGUGAGAUCCACACAAGCAUGUUUCCCUCCCGCCCAGCCAAAGACGAGCAGAUCCGCUGGUCUCAAUGUAGAUCUUCCUUCCAUGGGAUCUGUAAGGAAAUUCACAGGGGCCUCCUUCUUGCCAGAAAUCCCCGCUCUCCUCAAUAUGUCCCCCAAAACAUCCCUCACCCAGUCGUGCCGAUAUUUGAAACUAGGGAGCUCCUUACAAUGAAUAGCAUGCUCCCCGUAUUUAUCCAUGCAGGCUUUACGGCAAAUUGGGCAGAUUUCGUCUUCUAAAUACAUAGGGAUCAUCAGCCGGUAUUUGAGGAUAGCCCUAUACUCAACCGCCGACAUGCAUUGCCCCAGCCCCUCGAUCGGGAUAACAGUUAAAAAGUCUUGCGCAUGGGGGCCUUUCAAGCACUCAAUCACCGCCUUCUGGCGGGGAGACAAAUCAAACACUUCUCCCAGACUCCGAGCGAUUUUGUCAAAUAGGAGAAUUCAAUGGUUGGUAGGAAAAGUUGCUUUGAUAACAGGAGCAGCAAGCGGCAUUGGAGAGUGUACUGCAAAACUCUUUGCUAAACAUGGAGCCACAAUUGUAAUUGCAGAUAUCCAAGACGAGCUUGGUCAAGCGGUUUGUGAUGCCAUAGGCUCAUCUAACUCGAUAUAUGUCCAUUGUGAUGUAACCAAAGAAGAAGAUGUCAAAAAUGCUAUAGAUACUGCGAUCACCACAUACGGAAAACUUGACAUCAUGUUCAAUAAUGCAGGAAUUAUAGAUUCCAACAAGCCACACAUCUUUGAUAAUGAAAAGGCUGACUUCGAGCGUGUGCUUAGUGUUAAUGUCAUUGGUGUCUUUCUAGGCAUGAAACAUGCUGCUAGAGUUAUGGUUCCCGUAAAAACAGGCUCAAUAAUCUCAACUGCGAGUGUUGCAUCAAAUAUUGGUGGAAUCUCGACACAUGCGUAUCGUAGUGCAAAACACGCUGUAGUCGGUUUGACCAAAAAUUUGGCUGUAGAGCUUGGACAAUUUGGAAUUCGAGUUAACUGUUUGUCCCCUCAUGGAAUCGCGACACCAUUUUCCACAAAAAAAUUCAAGCUUGAAGCGGGCGCUAAUGUAGAGGAGGUUGUAGAGAAUGUGAUACACUUGACAGGGAACCUCAAGGGUGUUAAAUUGAAAACCGAUGAUAUCGCCAAUGCUGCUCUUUUUCUAGCGAGUGAUGAGGCCAAGUACAUUAGCGGACAAAACCUUUUUAUUGAUGGUGGGUUUAGCAUUGUUAAUCCAUCACUCAAUAAUUUUAACCCAACAAGCUUGUUAUUUUUUUUUGAACAGUAACUUUCAUUAACACAGACGCUAACCCAAGACGGGCCAGCAACAAAACACCGAACAAAUUACAUAUUUACAAAAGAGACCCAAUCUUUCCACUCUACCCCUUUAUACUCGAUCUACUAGCGAACCAUAAAUAACCUAUCGAUUUAAUUUCACUAAUGAUGCUAUCGAUUCUAACAGCCGCACUAGAAAAUCUAACAUUGUUCCUAGCGCGCCAUAAACACCAACAACCAAUCAAAAUAAUACCUUGGACCGCUUCUCUCUUCUUCUCCGAACCGUUGAUGUCCUUGUAAAAGGUAAAAAGAUCCUUGAUGGAGAAAGCAAAGAAAUUAGAGAUUUUACACCAAGAGCUUAUACCAUUCCAAACGUUCGCGGCAAUGAAGCAUGCGUUAAAAACAUGAUCAACAGUCUCCUCCUCCGAAUUGCAAAGAGGACAAACAGAAUCACCGAUGUUGAUAUUUCUUUUCCUAAGCGCUUCAGCUGUCGGAAUUUUAUCCAUUUCCGACCUCCACGCGUGUAUGUUAACUUUAUCGGGGACCCACUUGCACCAAUCCAAAACGAAAGAGGAAUGGAUACUAGCUUCAGCUUUGAGCAAACUUUUGACUGAUUUAACCGAAAAAAUACCUUCCGGAUCUGCUCCCCACUUCCAACUAUCCAAUUCAGCCGAGAUCUGGACCAACAAGCUUGUUAUAGUUCUAUGUUUUGAAGGGUAAAAUAUGGUUGGUUUUAUAUAUCUAUGUGGGUUUGCAAUCUAUGAAAAUAAAGGUGCCUUAAAUGAGGAACCAUUGGAAUCGAUGUAAGUUUGCAAUAAACAUAUAUCUAUGGAUUAACAUCCAUAGUUUAUAAACUUCAAUUUC